AUGAGCUUCGGCUCUUGCAGUCGACAUGUCCUUCCUAGGCCUCCAAAUCUAUGGAACGCCGCGGGCCCAUCAAGGAAUAUGAACUCGACAAGCUUUAUAAGGCGGUCCGCCAGGUCGAUAUCGAAGCUUGCAAAGCCAAGUACAUCACUGGAUCGGGCUCAGCUACCACGACUAUCAAUCCUCUCUCGGUCUCAACCCAGUCAUCCUUCAUCCCGUGUCUUUCGAUCGAAAGCACUUCCCGCUAUCUCUUUUUUCUCCACUUCUUCUCGCCGUUUGGUGCCUCCACCUUCCUCACCGCCGACUACCACUACCGAUUCCAAGAAGCAGGUCACACUGAACCCCGAUGCUUCGCCGAAAGAUGUUUCUGCCUCGUCUCAGGAUAAGACGGACUGGAGGAUAAUACUGAAAUUAGCACAUAAUAUUUGGCCUAAGAAUAACCCGAAAGUCAAAAUACGUGUAAUGGGUGCUUUGGCGUUAUUGAUCGCUGGAAAGAUUCUGAAUGUGCAAGUGCCGUUUUUCUUCAAGACGAUAGUGGAUAGUCUGAAUGUACCGAUAACGGAAAGCAGUACAGUCUGGGUGCUGGCAGGUGCCUCCAUUGCCGGGUAUGGAGCUGCUAGGGUGUUGACUACUGCUUUUGGAGAAUUGAGAAAUGCUGUUUUCGCUUCUGUGUCUCAAAGUGCCAUCAGGAAAGUAGCAAGAGAGACUUUUGAACAUCUAUUGAAUAUGGAUAUGAAAUUUCAUUUGGAGAGGCAGACAGGGGGUUUGACUAGAGCUAUAGAUAGGGGAACUAAGGGUAUAUCGUUCAUUCUCUCUUCAAUAGUAUUUCACGUGAUACCGACAGCUUUGGAAAUCACCAUGGUAUGCGGUAUCCUCUCAUGGAAAUUCGGAUGGGAUUUUGCAGCUGUUACAGCUAUCACCAUGGGGCUUUAUACAUGGUUCACUGUUCAAACUACAGCUUGGAGGACCAAAUUCAGAAAAGAAGCAAAUUCAGCUGAUAAUAAAGGUGCUACCGUUGCUGUGGAUAGUCUGAUCAAUUAUGAAGCCGUAAAAGCUUUCAACAAUGAAAGAUUCGAAGUAGCUCAAUACGAUGCCACGUUGAAAACAUACGAAAAGGCUUCGGUCAAAAUAGCCACUUCUUUAGCACUAUUGAACUCUGGUCAGAAUUUCAUCUUUUCAAGCGCUUUGACAAUGAUGAUGUUACUCGCUGCGCAAGGGGUAGUGAAAGGCACAAUGACAGUCGGUGAUCUUGUGAUGGUGAAUCAACUGGUCUUCCAACUGUCAAUGCCUUUGAACUUCCUGGGUACUGUUUAUCGGGAAUUGCGACAGAGCUUGAUAGAUAUGGAAGCUAUGUUUAACUUGCAGGGUUUGGAUUCCAGUAUCACGGAUAAACCUAAUACCAAACCUCUUGCAUUGAGAGGGGGUGAAAUCCGAUUUGAGAACGUCAAUUUCGGUUACCAUCCUGAAAGACCCAUAUUCAAAGAUUUAUCAUUUACGAUACCUGCCGGACACAAAGUAGCUAUCGUUGGACCUUCAGGAUGUGGGAAAUCUACUGUAUUCCGACUUCUUUUCCGAUUCUACGAUUCCCAAUCUGGAAGAAUAACAAUCGACGGGCAAGAUAUAAAAGAAAUCACAUUAGAAUCACUGAGAAAAUCAAUAGGAGUGGUACCUCAAGAUACGCCAUUAUUCCAUGCUGAUAUAUUACAUAAUAUUCGAUAUGGUAAUUUGGAAGCUACAGAUGAGCAGGUUAUUGAAGCUGCCAAAAAAGCUCAUGUUGAAGAAACGAUUCAAAGAUUACCGGAUAAAUACAAGACGAAAGUUGGUGAAAGAGGUUUAAUGAUUUCAGGUGGUGAAAAACAACGCCUAGCAGUUGCUAGAUUGUUAUUAAAAGAUCCACCUAUUUUAUUCUUCGAUGAAGCUACAAGUGCUUUAGACGUUUAUACUGAAACGGAAUUAAUGAGAAAUAUAAACAAUACUCUUUUAGGUGGUGGUAAAACAAGUGUCUUUAUUGCUCAUAGAUUACGCACAAUAUCAGACGCAGAUUUGAUCAUAGUACUGCAAGAUGGUAAAGUUGCCGAACAGGGUUCACACGAACAACUCUUGACUAUAGAUGGAGGUGUUUAUCAAAGGCUCUGGCAGGCUCAAUUAACAGAGAGCACGCAAAGUAAGGUGGGCGAGGAAAAAGAGGAUGUAGAAGAGCUGGAGAUCGUCGGUGAGAAGAAGUCUAAGAAGUAG